UUUCAGGUUGUGCAGGAUAAUUUCAAAGUCCCAGACUGAACACACACAGGGGGAUUAAACGCAGCACCAAGAUUUUGUAGGAUUGUCUCCAAGCAGAUCCCACUGCAAAAAGGGUUUUCCAGCUGGAAGAAACCUCCAGCAAGGAGUUCACACAGACAACACUCUUUGAAGGAAUGCUGGGAAGCAAUUGCACCCAAGCAACUGAGUUCAGCUUGGUGGGAUUCACCGAGAACCCAGCAACUCAGGUCACCCUCUUCCUGCUGUUCCUGCUCACCUACCUUGUCACCAUCCUGGGGAACUUGGGGAUGAUCACCUUGAUCAGAGCCAGCCCCCUGCUCCAUUCCCCCAUGUAUUAUUUCCUGGGCAACCUGGCUUUUGUGAACCUCUGCUCUUCUACCAUCAUCACCCCCAGGAUGUUGUUUGGGGUUUUUUUGGGGAAGAAGAGAAUGGCCUAUGCUGGGUGCCUGGCUCAGGUGUUCACUUCUACCCUGUUUCUGGUCACUGAGUGCUUCCUACUGGCUGUGAUGGCCUAUGACCGAUACGUGGCCAUUUGCCAACCCCUGCUCUACCCCCUUGUCAUGUCCCCAGAGCGCUGCUCCCAGCUGGUGACCUGGUCCUACCUCCUGGGGCUGACCAAUGGCAUAGGACAAACUAUCGGCAUGUCCAGCUUGUUCUUCUGCGGCUCCAGCACCAUCAAUCUGUUCUUCUGUGACAUUUCCCUGCUGAUCUUGCUCUCCACGUCCGACACCACCCUCAGCCUCGCCAUCCUGAGGACUGCUUCAUCUUUGCUUGGUGUUCCCAGCAUCCUGGUGGUCCUGGCAUCCUAUGUGGCCAUCAUCCCCACCAUCCUGAGCAUCAGCUCAGCUGAGGGCAAGCACAAAGCCUUCUCCACCUGUGCCUCCCACCUCACCAUUGUCAGCAUCUUCUAUGGGGCGUUGAUUUUCAUGUACUUAAUCCCCAGGUCAGAUACCUCCAGGGGAGGAGAAAAAUGGGUUGCUGUGCUCUACACUGUGGUGACCCCCAUGCUGAACCCCUGGAUCUACAGCCUGAGGAACAAAGAGGUGAAGGAGGCUUGGAGGAGACUCAGGAAAACAAAACGAUCUUGGAUUUUGACUUUGUUUAACUUUGUUAAAGCAAAGUUUUAACUUUGUGGCCAGUCACAAUGGAGAUGUGGGUGCUACCCUGGGAAUUUUGUGAAAUAUGUCAGAGGGACAUUUUUGGCACACUCUGCACUUUGAUUUAGAUGAUGUGCUGGCUGAUUUAAUAUCAGCUGAAAAUAGUAAUUUCACUCCAAUUUUGAUGUUUGGAUGAGGCGUGGAGCAACCUGGUCUAGUGGAAGGUGCCCUUGCCCACAGCAGGAGUUGGAACUGAAUCAGCCUUGAGGGUCCUUCCAACCCAAACCAUUCCAGAAUUCUGAGAUAUAUUUGGUCUUAAUGUUUUGGUGCACAAGCAUUGCAUAUGUGAAAAAACCCCAAAACCUCCAAUCAGAGCAUUAUCUCAUCCUGUCUCAGGUCCGUGGUAAAAUCCAGAAUGAUGGAACUCUCCUAGAGACAUGGAAUAACUUGGGAUGGAAGAGAAGCUGCUCAGUUGGGUUGGAUCAAGGUAGUUUGCUGAUUUAUUGAUGACACACAACUCACAGGCACUUAGGAUCAAUGAGCUGAGUCCUUUGUUCCCUUUGUUCCUUUAUUAUUAGUAGAUGUUUAGAAUAGAGACUCAACAAGGUAGAGGCCUUGUCAAGCCUCUAAAGGGGGGAAUGAUGCCUUAAGUUUUAGCUUUCAUAUUUUUCAGAUUCUGUACUGCGUAAGUAUAUAACUCAGAACUUCAUAUAAAGUGUUAGCAACUUCUCCUCACAGUUCAGUUAGACAAAACAAUCCUUUUCCAGCCCAAGAACCAAG